UAGAAAUGUCAUUGUAAUGUCAAAUAAUAUUUGUAAUUUGUAAUUGUUUUGUAUUUAUUUCGUUGUUCUCCCAUUUUUCUUUUUCUUUAUAAUUGUAAUUUAUUACGGAAUUAAUUUAGUUUAUUCAUUCGUUAUCAUUUAAUUGAAUAUCACAUAUUAACAAUUCAAUCAUUGUGUUAAUACCGAAUGUUUUAACAAUGGCAAAUACUUUGCACGAGGUAUCAAGACGCACGAUUGUAAUAACCAAAUACGAAGAACCUGCAAUGUUAUGGAAUAAGUCCGUGCUAACAAUACGUACGGAUAAAGGUGUCAGUUGUAUCGAAUAUACACACAAUUUACGAUGCUUAGACAAAAACAUUGACUGCACAGAAUCUAUAGUGCCUACCUCGAAAUCGAGUCCUGUUACAGAUUACCUCACGAACAACAGUUUUAUUAAAAAAGGCUUGAGCAACAUGGAGCUAUCGCAGUUGGCACUGGAUCCUUCGUUUUGGCCAUACAGUCCUCAUAUAGUGGAAGAAAUGGUAUCUGUUGUUUCCUUUGAUUGGUCACCUACCGAUCUCUGUUUUAACAACAAAUCUGUCCUUGCUGUGUUGAAUAAUAUAGGAAAUGUGGAACUGUUUUGUCCUCACAGAUGUACUUUAGUUAGUGCACUUGAUAUAUCUAAACAUGUAAAUAAACUUUUUGAUGUAGUAUCCAAUAUACCAAAAUGUUUUAAUGAUUUAAGAGAAGUUGUUGAAACAGUAGUAUCAACUGCAAUAUGUUGGGCUCCAAAGCUGAAUCCAGAUGGCUCUUGUUACUUUGUUACAGUUCAGAAAAAUGGUAACAUAUUAUUAUGGCUAAUAAAAAGAGAUAUAUUAUUAUUAAAAGCAGAAUAUUUUUGUUCUAUUCAAGUUAAAUCAAGUGAAAUAACAACAAUUCAAUGGAUAAAUAAAUUGGAUCAUACAUUUAUAUUAGUUUAUUCAAAUAUGGUUGGUGAAAUAGUUGCUUUAAAUUGUAAAAUAGGGGAAAAUGUAGAAGUUAUGAGUAAACACACAUUGUGGGCACACAAAGAUAGAAUGAUUGCAAAAAAUUUACAGUACAUUGUAAUAGACAAUAAAAUAAUAUUUACAUGUACCAAACACAGACACUUUAUUGCAAUCUUAUUAGAUAUGGAUUGUAACAUUUUGUCACAGUUUGUAAAAAAUGUAAAUGAUUAUAAAAUUACAGUAAAUACAAAAUGUGGAGAUCAAUUUUAUAUUGGCACAGUUAACUGUGAAGUUUAUAAAGUUAACGUUACAAUUUCUAACAAUAACCUUGAUGUUAAAAUCAGUAUGGUCCACCUAAAAGAGACAUAUGCAAAUUAUGAACUUUACGGUCUUACCUUUUCCAGUAACAAUGUAAUUUGUUCUUUAGGACUUUUGAACAGAAAAAUAUUAAUCAGGAAAGAUUAUAUGAAAAUUGAGAUUAUACUUCUUUGUACAGACACAAACUAUGCUAAUGAAGUAGAAGUACUUUUAAAUAAUCCUACAAAAACUUUAACAAACAUGUGGGAUUAUGUAGAAUUAUUUAGAUAUAAAUGUAUGAAAACAAGAAGUUUACCUGUGUUAGAUUUUAAACAAAUUUUGGAGGAGGCUGAAACUAAUAUAUAUAAACUCAAAAUAUAUUUAAUUAUAGCAAUCAUAUAUGACACUUUGCAAAUAAAUUUGAAAUUGUACAAAGGUCUUUUGCCAGAAUGUUCUAUUGAAUUAAUUCAAGAUAAAAUUAUGGCAUUACAUGCACAGUCUCGUGUAAAGGAAUUAUAUAAAUUGUAUUUAGAUAAAAAGUUUCCGAAUGAUUUUUUAGCUGAAACAUUUACAAGUUUGGUAAACUAUUUGAAAUAUUAUUGUAAAAAAUAUGAUAAGAAUUUGAAAGAGUAUAUUCCAGUAGAUAGAACCAAAGAUUAUAAGUAUGUGUGCCAAUGCUGUGAUAAUUUCCUUGAUGGAUUUACUUGUUCCAAUGGUCAUUUAAAUAUGUUUUGCUCUUUAACAUUUACUCCUAUAGAAACCUGUAAUUAUCUUGUAUGUAAUAGUAAUUGUGGAAUUACUGCAAGAAUAGAAUUGUACAAUGAUAAACCAAUAUGCGUUCUGUGUGAUACACAUUUAGAUUUGUGUAAUCUACCAAAUUAAAUAUAAAUCUAUCUGUGAUAAAUAUGA